GGAAAUCGCGCUCAGAGCAAAGCCUACACGUACGCACACACACACGCACACCAGCGCACACACAAGGCGAGAGAGUGCCGCGGCGAGGGAUAUCCUUCGGCGACCUUGGCAAGAAGGCACCCCCACCGAGCGCCCGUGGUGCUCGCCGACUUGACCGGUCGGCCGCGCGAGUCCGUCGGGAGUGCAGGUCGCACUGGUAGCCGCCACCGGGACAUCGCCGAAGAAGAUGCCGCGAAGUUUGGAGGAGGACCGCUCGGUCGGCGCCGUCGCACCCGCAACGAGGUGACGGCCGCCGUCGGAGAGACGAGAGGUCGCCCGCCGCAGAGUUGGGAACAACAAGCGUGAAAGACAGAAAGCGCCUGUGAUGACCCGCGCGGCUCGCCUGGUCGCCUUCGCGCUGUGGGGACUCGUUGUGUGUGGACCGCGGGUCGCGGGAUACGUGUGGAACCAAUCGGACAACGAGUCGAUUUACACGCAAGAGCGAGAGGGCAAAACACAAGAUGACCCAGAGCAUCUGGAGCACCGAGUCGACAUCGUUUCCAGCUGGCCCAAGCCUUCGGGAGAUCGGACCUCGACGUCCCUGGACUUACCGGAUCCGUCAAACUACGCGCGCCCUCCGAGCCGCCCUGCCGAUACCCAUCGCCACCGGCACGCUCCGGUCAGCGACAGCAACGCCAUUUCCAGGUUCAUCGACAAGCUGCAGCGGUCUCUCGAGCGUUCGACGCAGUUCGGAAGCCGCGCCGAUUACCACGCCUGCCUAACGCCCAGCGGAAGCAAGGGUUGCUGCACUCCCGUUAGACUGUGCGUGCUGCCCGUGUUCCUAGACAGUCUGGACAUGUUCCUCAAGUACACGUGCGCUAUAGACAAUGACCACAUCGGCGUGUGCUGCCCGGCCGAGUUUGUGGCGAACACGAACAUACCUCGGCGACCGGAUGGCACCUUCGUCAUUUCCACCGUCCUGAGUCCCAGCCCUUCGCGACCGACUAAACGAACGACGACGCACGCGAUCGGCUCGACGGGUGGCUCGCGGCCUGUGCAUCCUGUGUUGCACGAGGAACCGGCUUAUCCGGACACUUCGGACCGCGGCGGUACCGACCAUCUGCAUCAAACAAUUUUCUUGCGGCGAAAGAGGCACGUGGCAUCAACACCCAACAACGGUGGCAGGCCGAGCAGCAAUCCCGGUGCCAAGCCGAGCGACUAUCCCAGUUCCAAGCCGAGCGACUACCCCGACAGCAAGCCAAGUGGCUACCCCGUCAGCAGGCCGAGUGACUACCCCGGCAACAAGCCGAACAGCCGUCCCAAUAACAAACCGCAGGACGGCAUCAACACCAACCGGGCCACAACGAGGCGUCCUGCCGUAAGGCCCGGCACGGACCCGCAUUCUCCCAUGAAGAGGAACGCGACAAAGCCGGAGCCACCAGAGCUCCGGGAAAUGCGGCCGUCAUGCGGAAUUCCUGUACUUCACAAGAGAAUCAUCGGUGGGCACGAAGCCACCCCCAACAAAUGGGCGUGGAUGGCUGCCCUACUGAGAAGAGAAACAGGCGAGCUCUACUGUGGUGGAGCCCUCAUCAGCAACAGAUACGUCAUCACGGCUGCCCACUGCACAGAUGGGCUCAAAGCCGCCAACAUAACCAUCAGGCUAGGUGCCCACAACAUGCAGGAACCAUCGGUGAACGUGAAAGAUUUUGAGGUGUCCCGCAUUCGAGCGCACCCCAGCUUCCAAAAGGACACGUUCAUGAACGACAUUGCAGUACUACGGCUCAAGCGUCCCGUCACGUUCAACGAGUACAUUCGGCCUGUCUGCCUACCUGAGCGGACCGACCAAGACUUCUUUGCAAAGACAGGCAUUGCCACUGGCUGGGGAACACAGACUUUUGGUGGUCCUUACAGCGACGUUCUGCGUGAAGUGAAGCUCGUAGUCUGGAACAACACCGAAUGCAACGACCGGUUUGCGCAACCAAUCACUGAGGUGUUUCUCUGCGCUGGACCUAAGCGACGGGAAGGAGAUGCCUGUCAGGGCGACUCUGGCGGCCCGCUGAUGGUGGAGUCAAGGUCAAAGCAGUGGACCCUAGUCGGCAUCGUUUCCUGGGGCAUAAAAUGCGGAGAGCCAGGAGUCCCUGGGAUCUACACUCGCGUAUCACACUUCCUCGACUAUAUUUAUGAACAUGCCGUCAGUCAAUGAUCACCAGCCAAUGCCAUAACAAUAAACUCACUUCAUUGUCGACCUCCCAAA